CAUCUGUGUAUCUGCUGGAGUCUCUGACUGAACCAAUGGUUGAUAUGCUUCGCCACUUGUCCAUCCGCCAUUAAAAUAAUUGACAUUGGCGUCUUUCUGCAUCUUCGAUAUCCCGCAAACUGUCUUCUGCGCCUCUUGAUUAAUGUUGUUCCAAGAUUCAGUCUUGAUAGUUCUAGUUCUGAAUAAAAUUACUCUCCGGUCUUCUUUGAGUUAUAUCCAGCAAGGAAUGGACACUUUUCAUUGAGAUUGACUGCAAAAUUUUAUUGUAGGCCUCAUUGUGUGAACCUUUUGGUUUAAUUUGAACCAAUUUUCAGUUGAAAUGGACAACGGGGAGCUUGAUUUUCCGAAUGAUCAACUAUUAUCAUGUUUGGAUACAAUCAAUGCUCAGGCCAGUUGCUCAUUUGACAUAGACGAGUUUCUCAGUCGAACACAGGUUUGCAAUGAUGCCCUCGGUCGGACAGAGGCCUGCACUGAUUCUCUUGGCCGUACACAGGCCUGCACCCAUGCUCAUGCUUGCAACACAGCUGGUCCUGAUAACUCCCACACACACACUUGUUACCAUAUCCACACCCAAGUUAUGCCUGCCACUAGUGAAGUUCCGUCCCCAAGUGAUGAUACUGCAGAGUCAGUAGAGAGAAAACCUAAGAGACGCCCUCUAGGUAAUCGUGAAGCCGUACGCAAGUAUCGCGAGAAGAAGAAGGCUCGUGCUGCUUCAUUGGAGGAUGAAGUUAUUAGAUUGAGAACUUUGAAUCAACAGCUAAUGAAGAGGCUUCAGGGUCAAGCUUUAUUGGAGGCUGAGAUUGCUAGGCUCAAGUGCUUGCUUGUGGACAUUAGAGGAAGAAUUGAAGGCGAAAUAGGAUCUUUCCCUUACCAGAAACCUACUAAGAGUGGUGAUGUCCAUCACUACCUUGCAAAUACUAGUCCUGGUACCUAUGUGAUGAAUCCAUGUAAUACACAGCAGAACAAUCAGCUUCAUUGCCUUCACUCCGGAUCAGAAGGUGCUGCAUUAAAUGGUCAAAGCUUCAGUGACUGUGGAUUUGACAAUCUGCAAUGUUUGGGGUAUGAAAAUUCUGGUCUUAAGGAUCUUCCGGGAUGUGAGAUUGGCAGUGGUAAUGGCAUAGCUACUGGCAAUACAUCCAACGGGAAUAAGAGAAAAGGAGGAGCGCAUGCGGCAACUGCUAGUUGAAGUACUAAUCAGAUGGAGGAUGUAAUGGAGUGUAGCUAGCAGUACUUGUGAAGACUGAAGAUGACCCAGUGAUUUUGGUAUUCUGUGCAGCUCUGAUAGAUUUCUUCAGCACCACAAUAAAUGAAAUAUUUGUUUGUUAUGAUCUAUUGUAAUUUGAUUGUUCUUUGUUGAGAUUUUCUUGAUAUAUUCCCCUUGAAGAAUGUGAUCUUCUUCUGAAUUUGAAAUUCAGGAAUGGUGUGGUAUCUUGAAUGUUUAGCUACCAUGAGCCAGCUUCAUGUGUAGUAUGAUAAGACUUUUGAAGGUGAGAUAAAAUUGCUGAGACAUGAAUCUGGUUUAAUUGCACCUUUCUACCUCUCGAAUGUUAA